AUGGUAGCUUCAGAACUCACCGCGUCUGCCAUAGCUAUGCGCUCUACGCCCGUCAGUGGCGAUGAGUCAAGCUCGAGCUUACCAAAACCCCUCGCGCCUUUGCGAAACCGCGCGGCUGCUAGCCAGAGCCCAUACAUCCGGGGCCAGGCAGAAAGCCUAGUUUCAUGGCAGCUCUUGGACGACGAGGCAGUCGAGCGUUCGCGCAAGGAGAACAAGCUUAUCUUCAUGCAUAUCGGCUACAAGGCAUGCCACUUUUGUCGACUCAUGUCAAUCGAGACCUUCUCUAACCCAGAGUCUGCCUCUGUAUUGAAUGAGUCUUUCAUACCAGUCAUCGUCGAUCGAGAGGAGCGCCCCGACUUAGACGCCAUCUACAUGAAUUACGUCCAAGCUGUCAGCAACGUUGGUGGAUGGCCCUUGAAUGUGUUCCUUACACCCAAUUUGGAGCCAGUUUUUGGUGGUACCUACUGGUUCGGGCCCGCAGGACGAAGGCAUCUCAGUGACGACAGCACCGAAGAAGUACUCGACUCUCUGACUAUUUUUAAGAAAGUUCGUGAUAUUUGGAUCGAUCAGGAAGCCCGAUGCCGAAAGGAGGCAACCGAGGUUGUUGGCCAGCUCAAGGAAUUUGCGGCCGAGGGUACCUUGGGAACAAGGAGUAUUUCGGCACCCUCAGCUUUAGGUCCGGCUGGAUGGGGAGCACCAGCCCUGAGCCAUGCAGGCGCUACCAAGGAGAAGAGCACUGCAGUUUCAGAGGAGUUAGAUUUGGAUCAGCUGGAAGAGGCUUAUACUCAUAUCGCCGGCACAUUUGAUCCUGUUUUUGGUGGAUUUGGCCUGGCACCGAAGUUCCUGACACCACCCAAGCUGGCAUUUUUGCUGGGGCUCCUGAAGUCACCAGGCGCUGUUCAGGAUGUUGUUGGAGAGGCCGAGUGCAAACAUGCUACCGAAAUUGCUUUGGAUACAAUGCGUCACAUUCGUGAUGGGGCGCUGCAUGACCAUAUUGGAGGCACUGGGUUUUCGCGCUGCUCCGUCACAGCGGAUUGGAGCAUUCCUAACUUCGAGAAGCUUGUGGCUGAUAAUGCGCAAUUGCUCUCUCUAUAUAUUGACGCGUGGAAGGUCAGUGGUGGAGGUGAAAAGGACGAGUUUCUGGACGUUGUUCUUGAGCUUGCUGAGUAUCUUACUUCGUCUCCCGUUGUUCUGCCUGAGGGUGGUUUCGCUUCAAGUGAAGCCGCCGACUCCUAUUAUAGGCAAGGUGACAAGGAGAAGCGCGAGGGCGCCUAUUAUGUCUGGACGCGGCGAGAAUUUGAUUCAGUCCUUGAUGAGAUUGACAGCCAUAUGAGUCCUAUUUUAGCGUCCUAUUGGAAUGUCAAUCAAGAUGGAAAUGUCGAGGAGGAAAACGACCCCAACGACGACUUUAUUGACCAGAACAUUCUCAGGGUUAAGAGCACCAUCGAACAAUUGAGCAUCCAAUUCAGCACGCCCGUGGAAAAGGUCAAGGAGUAUAUUGAACAAGGAAGACGAGCUCUAAGAAAGAGAAGGGAGCAGGAACGUGUGCGCCCUGAACUGGACGACAAAAUUGUUGUAGGCUGGAAUGGCCUCGUAAUAUCAGCUCUUUCCAAGACAGCAUCGGCGCUGAGGACACUGAGGCCAGAACAAAGCUUCAAGUGUAGGGCUAUCGCAGAGCAGGCGGCUGCAUGCAUCAGAGAAAGGCUUUGGGAUGGCAAUGAGAGAAUCCUAUACAGGAUAUGGUCUGGAGGUCGCGGAAACACUGCGUUUGCAGACGAUUAUGCCUAUAUGAUCCAAAGUCUCCUGGAUCUUCUCGAACUGACAGGAAACCAAGAAUAUUUGGAAUUUGCUGACAUUUUACAGCAAACCCAAACCUCGUUGUUCUAUGAUGCCGAUGGUGCCUUUUUCAGCACUCAAGCCAAUAGCCCUUAUACAAUUCUCCGCCUCAAGGAUGGUAUGGAUACGUCAUUACCAUCAACCAACGCCGUCAGCGUAGCUAAUCUAUUCCGCCUCGCGAAUCUGCGUUCGAAUGACGAUUUGGCAGCCAAAGCUCGUCAGACGAUAAAUGCGUUUGAAGUGGAAGUGGUGCAACAUCCUUGGCUCUUCCCUGGUUUACUCCAAGGUGUUGUCACAGCUAGAUUGGGUGGAGAGACGUCGAAAUGA